AUGUAUAUUGUACAGUCUAUGGGAGAGGAUGAAUGGGUGAUUCCAGAGUCACCAAGCUCUAAAAAGAAGACCAAUCAGCAAGAAGAGACACCUCUCACAAAUUCAACCAAUAAGAAAUAUGAAUCAUUGAAGGAAAGAACAUCAGUUAAUAUUGAAAUAGUUAAAGAAGCUAAGAACAAUCAAAGAGCUAAGAUUGCAACACUCUAUACUCAGUGUACUGGACAAUUUAUUACUUACCAGGAUAAUCAGACUAGUGUUGAUGACAAUGUCAUAAAAGAUGUUGAAUUAAUUAAUCAGAAGAAGCCUGAAAUUCAGAACAAGUCCACAGAGAAACAAAGAUCAAGAUAUUCUGCAACAGAUUGCUUAUUCUCUCAGAUUCAUGAUUCAAGAGAUGCCAAUGAAUUAAUAAGUCAAAUUCUCAAUGAAAAAGUUGAAUUGAUAGUCAAGAAGCUUAUAGAUGUAUCACUAAAACUUCAUCAAGCAUUCUUCAGAUCAGGCUGGAAUAACAGUACUAGCAAAAGCCAUGUAAAGAUUGAAGUCUCCAAACCAGUUCAGCCUGACCUAAAGAUUAAUUCUAGUAAACUUACAUUAAAGCUCAUGGUGCCAAAAUCCAAAACAGUAUAUGGAAUGCAUUCAUUAUAUACACCAGUCACUAUAAACCAACAAGAAUUAAUAGUGUUGAUUGAUACUGGUUCAGAAAUCAAUUUGUUGUCUUGA